CUCUAUAAACACUCUAGAACAAGAAUAAAAAUUAGAUUUUUUUCCCAGCUGAAAUAAAAAUUGCAGUUUGCAUAAUUAUACCAGCAAUCUGCUCUGUAAAUAAGGAACAAAAUGUGGAGAUCUCAGUUAUGGAUAUUGAGUUUAUCCAUUCUCUUAUCUUCUUCUUGUCAUGCUGCAUCUCUAAGGGUUAAAGAAGAAAACAACUCUGUAAAAACUUCUGUCUUCCUCACUCCUCCAUUCGUCCUCAAGCACGGCUUAGUUCAAGACAAAGUAUACUUCGACAUCCCAUUCCCAAGAGGCCACAUAGCUCUAAAGAGCUUUACUGCCGAAGUAGUUGACGGGAAUGGGGACUCAAUACCUCUCCAUGAAACCUAUCUUCAUCACUGGGUUCUAGAAAGGUACUACGGUCAGAAAGCAGUAAAAGAUGAUGAUUUAGCAAGGAUUAUAAUGGUACGAAACUCUGGUGUUUGUAGAAAUAUCGGACAGUACUACGGCCUUGGACCUGAAACAAGGAAGACCAGUACUUGGGUGCCUGAUCCCUAUGGCAUAGAAGUGGGAAACCUUAAUGAAGUUCCUGAAGGUUAUGAGGAGCGAUGGCUUAUGAAUGUUCACGUCAUUGAUACAAGGAAGGUCGAGGAUAGAUUGGGAUGCAUAGAAUGUAAAUGUAGCCUUUAUAAUGUAACUUCUGAUGAGUAUGGAAGGCAGUUGGCUAAUGGAUAUAUGGGAGGUCUCCAUUGUUGUUAUGAUGAAACUCAGUGCAGAGUAGAAGAAGGAUUUGGUGAUGGCGGUGAGAGGAAGCUCUAUUUGAGGUAUACUUUGAAGUGGAUUGAGUGGAGUCCGAGAAUAAUUCCAGUUAAGAUUUAUAUCCUUGAUGUUACUGCUACUAGAGAUCUCCCCACUGGUUUGAAUUUUGUAAAUCCUUCUUACAGUUGCAAGGUAGAGUACAAUAUUCCAUCAUGUGAUUCUGUUGCAGAGGAUAAUGGAGAAUGUGUUGAUGUUAGGAAGACUAAGCUUGUUAUUUCUCAUGGUGGUGAUAUAAUUUAUGGUGCUGCUCAUCAGCAUACUGGUGGUGUUGGUUCAGCUAUGUAUGGAGAGGAUGGACGACUCUUAUGCUCUUUCAAUCCCAUAUAUGGCGAGGGAGAAGAAGCGGGAGAUGAGGCUGGCUACAUUGUAGGAAUGUCAACCUGCUACCCCAAUCCUGGCUCUGUCAAUAUCAGAGAUGGAGAGCUUCUAACGCUGGUUUCCAAUUACAGCAACCUAAGAAUGCACGUUGGAGCUAUGGGAUUCUUCUACAUUUUGCUCGCAGAGCCCCAGCCAAAGCUUACUUCUUUCCUCUCACAGGAACUUACAGUGCCACGUAUAGCAGAUCUUAUGGAGCAGUGGUGGGUGCUUUUGCUUGCAGGAGGAUUAGUAAUGGCUAUUGCUGUUGCUGCAAUCUACAGGAGGAGGAAGGAGGGAGAUGGUGGGUAUGAUAGGAUUGUUAAUUAACUAGAGUUAAUUAAUUGUGUUUUGAAUAUGUAGUGUUCUU